UCUAACCUCAAAUUCGCGCAAAACACCGCCUGCAGACAAAGUUCAAAACAAACUCGCCGAAACCAACGUUCAAACACUGCAAGAAGCAGAAAAAAGCUCUUCAUUAAAAUAGAGGAUACCACGAAAUAUAAACGAUAGUGAUAUACAACAUCGAUUGCUCUAACACGAUGGACAAAUCGCUCGGUUCUAUUUUUGCCCAGCCAAAAACCAGUACCAUUAGCAGAUCCCGCCAGUCACUCAGUGGAUCGCUUUUCUCCGGAGCCGGCCGAAAAACUUCUGUUCUUCCCAGCGGUCCGGUUGCUAGGAAAGGUCGCUACAGUUUAUCGUCUCGGUCCAACAUCUCCAUCCUUCAGGUGGUGGCGAAGUCCGAUUACAAUAUUCUGGAAUGCUACGGUUUACCGCUGCCGGUGCAGAUCAACGAAAUUCUCACGUUCUCCGAGCGAAGCGCUCCUGUUUCCAUCAAUUAUGGCCAAAACGGGUGGGCUUGGUUGGUACACGGUCGUCGGCUGCUAAUCUGGCAGUUCCGUGAUGGCAGCAUUAGAUCAACGUCUGGCACCACUACUCCUGCAGACAAUUUCCCGCCACAGCGCCGCCCGGUGGCCAGUCAAUGUCGCCAACUGACACUCCCGCACUGCGACAUUGGCCACAAAGCGACACUGAUCUCGGUGUUCAUCGCAGAUGGCCAUCAAAUGGCUUCCUGUUUGGCGGUUUCACCUGCCGGUGAUGUGCGCUACUGGCCCUCGAUAGCGCACGAUGGAUCGUCAAUUGAUGAGUGUAAUAUUCUGGAAGGACAGGAAUUUGAGGAACUGGUUGGAUUGAGCAGUGGUAACUACUUGCUCGUGACAACCACUUGCAGUUUGGUACAGUUGCUGGUUCAACUGCAGGGCGGAAGGCAAACGAUUGUGUCGCGACUAGUGAAGGCACCUUCCGGGUUUUUCGGUGGCAUCGGGAAGAAGUUUGCAUCGAUCAUUAUCGGGAUGAACAGUGUUCAGGAGAAGGAAAAUAAACUGGUGAAGAUUAGCAGUGAGAAGAUCUCCGGCAACGAGUGGCACAUCACCGUACUUGCCGAUAAGUGGAUCCAGAGAUGGGCCUUCAAUCCAAGCGGUACGAACGAACGCUUUCUUUACGAAGAUGUGGAAAUUUUGCGUAAAAUACGAGACUUUUUCUCACACAAACUCUGGAGUAACAGUCGGGACAGUAACGAGAUUGAGUUGUGGACACUGGACAUGCAACCGACGGAUCGAGGGGUUAUCAUAUUAGCUGCAGCGUGUAAUCUUCACCGAACGUUCCACAUGUAUUAUGCUCUGCUGACAUUCGUUUUCGAAAACGAUACCAUGGUUCUCAAGGAGAACGUGUUAAUGAAGUAUAAAGGUUUCUACAGUCGUGAACGGGAAGAGGAAUGUAUCGGGUUCAAGUUUGUAGCUAAUAGGGCGAUGGCUUACGUUUACAACGAUAAAAUGAUACUACCGGUUCUUCUCGACAGAGCUACAGGAAGCGCGGCCAACAGUGAGAGUAGUAGCCCUUCGGAAGAGGUGGAAAAGAUUGAGUUCAAUGUACAGGAAGACGGAGUUUUGGCUGCAAAUUGCUUCCAAAACGUUGUUUUAUUUUUCUCCAAGAUUCACGGACUGGUUGUUGUGACACCGUCUGAUUUUGAACCUAACAGUGAGGUGUUCAAUUCUUCGAUAUCUUCCGAUGUUUUCAACCCCAAUUUGUCGAUGAAUGACUCGGUCUUCAUUUCCCAGUCGAUUUUUGCACCACCUACAACCAACGCCGGCAAUUUGGUUCUCUAUGAAAUAGAUCCAGAGGAGAUUAACAGCACCGAUAGAAACAAUGUAAACCGGCUGAAGGCGGCCUUUAUAUAUCACAUCAAACGGAACAUCCCCGCUUCAAAUGAAAUCAUCAACGAAAUACUUCGAAGUGUUGAAGAGAAAGUCGUGGAUAGCGAGCUGGAUCAAACCGUACUAAAAAUUGCACAAGACCUCGCGGAGGAUAUACCAGCGGCGGAUCCUCGCUGGGAGGUCACAUCGAAGCACCCCCUCGGCUCGUCUACGUCCAUGCAAAUUGUUCAACAACUUCGCGAGAAAAACAUCGCUCUGAAUCAGUUUUUGGACUUCCUGCACACGUCCAGCUUGUGGGACAAAAUGGGAGCCUCAAGCUCCGGAGAUAUCAUCCGUCCAACGGCCCAGCUCUUGUCCGAUAUUGGCGAAAAAAUCGUGGCGGCGAUUGCCAUCAAGUGUCUUCACAACAGCCACGCUCGCAUCAUCGAUGAAGCGAUCGAUAUGGUGCUGAAGGAAGGCAACCGCUCUCCGCCCUCGCCCAAUCUAACCAAUCAGGAUCUGUUUUACGUGCAGGUAAACCAGGUGCACGAGGUGUUCAAAGUCUUCGGGGAGCUGGUCGAGAGCUACGUGAAACAGGAGCUCACGACCGUUCAGGUGCAGACGGCACUGGUGGAGAUCAAUACGAUAACGGUAACCGUUCUGCAGGAGGUGAUGAAGUUUCGCGAAUCCAAGGCGGAACUUUUCGCCGUCCGAGAAGGGUUGAAUCGAUACGAGUGCGUACCGUGGACAGCUUCCUCCGGCAAGUAUGGUAUGAAGGAUAUUCUGCUGCAUAUGAUUGGCAAUACACUUCGGUAUGGGAUCAAAGGAAGUGGAGAACCAGAGUUCAAGAUAAAGCACUACAAGCAAAUGACUGAGUUGGUGGAUUAUGUGCUGGAUGGAAGACGGAAGUACCUGGACAGUGUGCAGGACGAGGGAAAGCUGAUGGUGUUGAAGCAGCAGUACGAGUCGCAGAGAAGCGAUUUAAUAUUUCCAUUGGUUGACGCCGAGCAGUACGAGCUGGCAGCCAAACUAGCCGAAAAAUAUCUCGAUUUCCAAAUUCUAGUCGUAAUCUGCGACAAAACUAACAACCAGGCCCGCCUAGAUGAGUAUAUCGAACGUUUCAAGGAGUACGACUUUUCCCAGUUCGCCAUCAGUUGGCAUAUGCGCCAGAACAAGCAGGGUGACAUCUUCCAGCGCUUCAAGGGUAAUCAGUCCGAAUUGGCACGGUUCCUUUCGGAUCAUCCCUCACUGGCAUGGAUUCAGCUUGUUUUCAAUGGUGAACUGGCGCAGGCUGCCGAGGUACUGCUUGCGCUCGCUCAGAACGAAAAAGAACUGCUAAGCCGGAAACGAGUGAUGCUAUCGUUGUCCAAGCUGUGUGCGUUGGCCGCCGAAGGGGAUUUCAGUGCCCAAAUCGCUGAGAUUAACUCGGAAGCGAGAUUGUUGGAUCUACAGGAGCAAAUUCCUGUCGAAAUCUUGAACAUUUACGGAUACGACACGAAGAAGGUUCUCUCGCCGGAGGAGAUUGUUGAUCUAUACAUCGCCGACGAGUACAGCAAUUUGUCGGAACACGAGUUCCGCAAGGCCCUAGAGUUGCUGGAUUUUGUUGAGGAACCGAUCGAAGUGCGACAUAAGAUCUGGUGCGCUGCCAUUCUGCGGGAUGAUUGGGAAAGCUACAACCGCAAUGCGCCUCUGGAUUCGUUGCAAAAUAUGAUGUUCUUCCGUCUGAUCGAUCUCUGCUACAUGCUGGACGGAGAACUGGAAAACUUUAUGCCGCCUGCGAAAAACUUCCUCACUGCGCCCGAGCUCGGUGAGCUCGUUGAGAGUAAAUCCUUCCAGUAUUUGUUGAAGUUGGGCUAUGAGAACAUCUACAAUUCGUACCAGAAGAAGUGAGGCGCGGCGCUCUCGCUUUUUUGUACGUUUUAAUAAAAUUGUUUCGCAGCUAAUCGAG